GGCACGCGCACUACCUAGUUUAUCAGUAGAUAUCAGACAGAUGCGUGCGACAGUCGGAGAGUUUGAGUUUCAGAGGAAGGACAUUAAACGUUAGCGUUUGCACUGUCGCUAACAGGGUCUGUAGGACAUACUGAGCAAAAUAUAAGGAAUGGUAGUUGAUAUUUGUCGCCAAUUGAGAGCCGUCUGGUAAGAGUUGGGAGCUUGUUUCGUUCUUAUACACAGGUGUUAUUUAUUACUCAUGAAUGCGAAUAUCAUUUGAACUGCCCUUACGUCGAUUUUCUGGAUUAUAUAGGAAUAUAUAGACAUUUUGCGCAAUGGAGCCCUAAAUAGUUACAUAUUUUCUUUAAAAAAAUAGGAUUUAUAGAACCGUUUUUAGACCCUGGAGACUUUCGAAAUUUAGCAGAAGAGCAACAAGAUUAACGGACACAAUAUGGGCGAAAUCCACUGAAUCAACACUGAUUCAGCAAUGCCAUCCCAUUGGUCACAGACGUCAAUUCAAUGUUUAGUUGUGAUUUACAUUUGGUUGAGUUAUCACUAACGUGAAUUCAACAAAACAUGCCACCAUGUCAUUGGAUAUAGGCAAAAAAAGGGUGACUUCAAGAGCUUGAGGGGGCAACACCACAACACAACCCUUACAGCCUGACACACACACACACACACACACACAACCAACACAAACACACACUGAACCUCGGCAUGCUGUCGAACGAGAGCUGUGAGAACAGCACCUAUAUCCACACAGACGGGAACCCGGUGGUGAGCACAGUGAUGUUCAUCCUGGGGGUGAUGGGGAACUUCAUCGCCCUGGCCAUCCUGGGGGUCCACCAGAAGGAGCAACGCACCAAGUCCUCUGUCUUCUGCAUCCUGGUGACGGGACUGGCCCUGACUGACCUGCUGGGAACCUGCUUCCUCAGCCCCCUGGUGUUUGUGUGCUAUGCCCGCCAGCGAUCCCUGCUGGGGCUCACUGGGGACCAGGGACUCUGUGGCCUCUUUGCCUUUGCCAUGACCUUCUUUGGCCUGGCCUCCAUGCUCAUCCUCUGUGCCAUGGCCGUGGAGCGCUGCCUGGCCAUCAGCCACCCCUAUUUUUACUCCAAGUGCGUCCGACGCAGCUUCGCCAAGGUGGCCCUCCUGCUUAUCUACAUCUUCACCUGCGCCUUCUGUGUUUUGCCAUUCUUCGGCUUUGGCCGCCACAAGCAGUACUGCCCGGGCACGUGGUGCUUCAUCAAGAUGGAGGCGGCAGGUGAGGGGGUGGACGAAGAGAGGAAGGUUCUGGCGUUCUCUCUGUCCUACGCCUCGCUCAUGGCGCUGCUGAUCGUGGCGGUGUUUGUGUGCAACGGCUCUGUGAUUGUCAGCCUGUGCCGGAUGCACCGCAGCCAGAUGACACGGCGUGGUUCGGUGGUGAACGGAGGGAGGAAGAGGAAGAUGAGUCUGGGCUGGUUCGGACAGGGGGAGGAGGAGAUGGACCACCUGAUGCUGCUGGCCUCCAUGACGGUUAUCUUCGUUGUCUGCUCCUUGCCGCUCACUAUUGCCGGUUUUGCCAAUGCCAUCGAGCCGGUGGGUGACGACCAGGAGAACCUGCUGGCGUUCCGUUUCCAGGCCCUCAACCCCAUCGUGGACCCCUGGGUCUUCAUCAUCUUCCGCAAGUCCGUGUUCCGCCACCUCCGCUCGCUGCUGCGCUGCCGCUUCACGGGGGGAGCAGUGAAGAACACGGCCCACUGCACCUUCUCCUUAACCCCUGACGACCACAGGGAGUCUCCCAAACCCUUGCCCUCUGUUUCCUUGCAGCCCAAGCUAUACUCCAGCCUCUUAUGUGGGGGUGGGACUCGGGGCAGGAAAGAGAAUGGGAUUUAGGGAUGGAUGGAUGUGGGAGAGCUGACAUUUGGGGGAAGGGGUUUGGGAUUUAGGGUUUGGAGAAUUAACUUUUUUGAUUAUUAGUACCUUACUGUUGACUAGGAUACAUAUAGUAUACCCGAUGCAUGAGUAUACCCGAUGCAUGAGUAUACCUGAUGCAUGAGUAUACCCGAUGCAUGAGUAUACCUGAUGCAUGAGUAUACCCGAUGCAUGAGUAUACCCGAUGCAUGAGCUACAUGUUUCAUACAUGUGAGUGCCAUAUAAAAAGACUGCAAAGUGAGCGAUUAUGCCUCCAAACACACUGAAAACAAAAAGAACUCCAAGCAACUGAAAUGGAUGUAUGCAGGAAACCACUAAGGGAUUCAUUAUGGACAACCAGCCCUGGAACGGCAAAGGACUCUGUCGACAUACAGUGCCUUCAGAAAGUAUUCAUACUUUAUUUUUACCUUUAAGCAGUUCAGUUAAUAACAAAUUCUUAUUUUCAGUAAUGGCCUAGGAACAGUGGGUUAGCUGCCUUGUUCAGGGGCAGAACGACAGAUUUUUACCUUGUCAGCUCGGGGAUUCGAUCUUGCAAUCUUUCGGUUACAAGUCCAACGCUCUAAUCACUAGGCUACCUGCCACCCCUUGACUUAUUCCACGUUUUGUUGUGUUACAGCCUGAAUUCAAAAUGGAUUAGAUAUAUUGUUUUCCUCACCCAUUACACACAAUACCCCAUAAUGACGAAGUGAAAAUAUGUUUUUAGAAAUGUUUGUAAAUGUUUUGAAAAUGAAAUACAGGAAUAUCUUAUUUACGUAAGUAUUCACACCCCCUGAGUCAAUACAUGUUAUAAUCACCUUUCGGAGCGAUUACAGCUGUGAGCUUUGCGAACCUGGAUUGUACAAUAUUUGCACGUUAUAAUUUUUGUUUUAAUCCUUCAAGCUCUGUCAUUGCUAUACAGACAUUUUCAAGUCUUGCCAUAGAUUUUCAAGCCGAUUUAAGUCAAAACUGUAACUAAGCCAAUCAGAAACAUUCAAUGUCAUCUUGGUAAGAUACUCCAAUGUACAGUAUAUUUGGCCUUGUUUUUAGGUUAUUAUCCUACUGAAAGGUGAAUUUGUCUCCCAGUGUCUGUUGGAAAGCAGACUGAACCAGGUUUUCCUUUAGGAUUUUGCCUAUGCUUAGCUCUAUUCCGUUUCUAUCCUAAAAAAGUCGUUGAGUUUUGUUGAUCCAAACUCAGUGUUCUCCUAUCACAGCCAUUAAACUCUAACUGUUUUAAAGUCA